AUGUUUUUCACCAACGUUGUUGUCGGCGUCUUGGCUGCUCAAGCUGUUUCAAAUACCGCAGGACCCCGCCCAGCACAGGCUGGCAAGUAUGCAGCCUUGAUGGCUGUUGCUGCCCUACCAGUCUCUGGUGCACCUUUGAUGGGGCUCAUCGAGCCAAGAUUUUCUAAUUACAAGAGAGGCCGGGAUGCUGAGCGUGGGCAAGAAGCACAGAACGAUGAUCAGGAGCAAGAUGAUCAGGACCAGUCGGAGGCUGAAGACGAACAAGAUGACCAGGACGAACAAGGCGGCAAACAGAAGAACAACGGCCAGAACAACCAAGGCAACAACCAAGGCGAUAACCAAGGCAACGAUGACCAAGGUAAUGGUCAAAACGACAACCAAAACAACGAUAAUCAGAACGGAGGACAAAAUGGCAAUGAUGGCAAUGGCCAAGGCAACGGUGGAAACCAGAAAGGCGACAAUGGCAACAAUGGCAACAAUGGCAACAAUGGUAACAAUGGUAACAAUGGUAACAAUGGUAACAACAUGGCCACUGAGACUCUUGUCACCGAAACCCAGACUGAUGCAGCCGCCACUGAUGCAGCCGCCACUGAUGCAGCCGCCACUGAUGUCGCCGCUACUGAUGCUGCUGCCACUGAUGCUGCCGACGCUACCCAGGAUGCUGCUGUUACAGAAACCGCUUCUCUUGUUGUUGGAACUGGAGCCGCAAAUGGGACUGCUGCUGCUACAACUACUGAUGCUGCGGCCACAGCUGCCCCCACAGCUUGCAAGGCAAAGAACGGCAACAAGAACGGCAACAACAAUGGCAACAAUGAUGGUAAUGGCAAUGGCAACGACAACGGUAACAACAACGACAACGCCAACGACGGUAAUGGAAACGGAAAUGACAACGGUAACGACAAUGCCGCCGACAAUGGCAAUGGCGCCGGUAACGCAGACGACAAGAACGCUGGUGAUGCUGCCAACAACGGUGAUGCGGCCAACGGUGAUGCAGCCAACGGUGAUGCGGCCAACGGUGAUGCAGCCAACGGUGAUGCAGCCAACGGUGAUGCAGCCAACGACAACGCUGGUGGAAACAACAAGGAUGAUGCCGCCAACAAUGGGGAUGCUGCUCAAGGAGACAACGCAAAGGAUAAUGCUGGAAACAAGAACGGCAAUGCUGGAAAUGCAAAUGGCGAUAAUGCAAAGGACAAUGCCGGCAACGCUGGUAACGCAGCUGAUGGUAACAAUGCUGCGGACGACAAUGCUGCGGACGACAACGCCCAGGAUGGCAACGCCCAAGGCGGCAAUGAUGCGGCCAACAACGGUGACAAUGCGGCCAAGGACGGAGCCAAGGCAGGUGACAAUGCCAAUGGCAAUGCUGCCUGCAAGGCCAAGCGCGGUAUCCUCGGCGAUCUUCUUUCGAAACUGCAAGGAGGUGCUGCCGCUGGGGAUGAUGCUGCAGCUGAUUGCAACAACUAA